AUGGAAUUUUAUUCAUUUGCGUUUGGAUACCAUUAUGUGUACCGAAUCGGUUUGUCACCAGGAGUCGGGUUCAUCAUUGAAAUUGAGGUACUGUUUGCCUCCGAGGUAAACAUACCCGAGGUAAGGAAAUACCCCGGUGUCAGUCGCCGCGCACUGGGCUUCAUGAGAACGUCUCAUGACGUGUUUGCGGUGCUGAAAGUUCCUGAUAUGCCGUGGAUUUCUUACUUUGCAUACGAUGUUACGCAACUUUGCCGUACCGUGCUGUAUUUUUUCAACAUCGUCUCUCCGUGUGUAUGUCGUUGAGG